AUGACAGUGGAGAAGGCAUUCGGGAUCCUUGCGGCCAGAUGGAGGAUCCUCUACAAGAAAACCAACCUACUGCCAAGCAAGGUUGAUACCCUAGUGUUUGCAAUGUGCAUCCUCCAUAACUUCCUCACAAAGCCUUGUGAUGUGGAGAUGUGGCUACAGCAGAGUGGGGCAGGGAUGAGGCAAGGUAUGAGAGGCAUAGCCAUCAAGGCCAACAGAGCAGGUCAGGAGGCAGUUUCUGUCAGGGAAAAGUUUACAAAGUAUUUCACCUCUGUGGCAGGCAGAAAUGACUUCCAGGACAUAAUGGUUGUAGCUAGGCCUACUUAAAUGCACUACAGUGGGGAAAAAAAGUAUUUAGUCAGCCACCAAUUGUGCAAGUUCUCCCACUUAAAAAGAUGAGAGAGGCCUGUAAUUUUCAUCAUAGGUACACGUCAACUAUGACAGACAAAUUGAGGAAAAGAAAUCCAGAAAAUCACAUUGUAGGAUUUUUUAUGAAUUUAUUUGCAAAUUAUGGUGGAAAAUAAGUAUUUGGUCACCUACAAACAAGCAAGAUUUCUGGCUCUCACAGACCUGUAACUUCUUCUUUAAGAGGCUCCUCUGUCCUCCACUCGUUACCUGUAUUAAUGGCACCUGUUUGAACUUGUUAUCAGUAUAAAAGACACCUGUCCACAACCUCAAACAGUCACACUCCAAACUCCACUAUGGCCAAGACCAAAGAGCUGUCAAAGGACACCAGAAACAAAAUUGUAGACCUGCACCAGGCUGGGAAGACUGAAUCUGCAAUAGGUAAGCAGCUUGGUUCGAAGAAAUCAACUGUGGGAGCAAUUAUUAGGAAAUGGAAGACAUACAAGACCACUGAUAAUCUCCCUCGAUCUGGGGCUCCACGCAAGAUCUCACCCCGUGGGGUCAAAAUGAUCACAAGAACGGUGAGCAAAAAUCCCAGAACCACACGGGGGGACCUAGUGAAUGACCUGCAGAGAGCUGGGACCAAAGUAACAAAGCCUACCAUCAGUAACACACUACGCCGCCAGGGACUCAAAUCCUGCAGUGUCCCCCUGCUUAAGCCAGUACAUGUCCAGGCCUGUCUGAAGUUUGCUAGAGUGCAUUUGGAUGAUCCAGAAGAGGAUUGGGAGAAUGUCAUAUGGUCAGAUGAAACCAAAAUAGAACUUUUUGGUAAAAACUCAACUCGUCGUGUUUGGAGGACAAAGAAUGCUGAGCUGCAUCCAAAGAACACCAUACCUACUGUGAAGCAUGGGGGUGGAAACAUCAUGCUUUGGGGCUGUUUUUCUGCAAAGGGACCAGGACGACUGAUCCGUGUAAAGGAAAGAAUGAAUGGGGCCAUGUAUCGUGAGAUUUUGAGUGAAAACCUCCUUCCAUCAGCAAGGGCAUUGAAGAUGAAACGUGGCUGGGUCUUUCAGCAUGACAAUGAUCCCAAACACACCGCCCGGGCAACGGAGGAGUGGCUUCGUAAGAAGCAUUUCAAGGUCCUGGAGUGGCCUAGCCAGUCUCCAGAUCUCAACCCCAUAGAAAAUCUUUGGAGGGAGUUGAAAGUCCGUGUUGCCCAGCGACAGCCCCAAAACAUCACUGCUCUAGAGGAGAUCUGCAUGGAGGAAUGGGCCAAAAUACCAGCAACAGUGUGUGAAAACCUUGUGAAGACUUACAGAAAACGUUUGACCUGUGUCAUUGCCAACAAAUGGUAUAUAACAAAGUAUUGAGAAACUUUUGUUAUUGACCAAAUACUUAUUUUCCACCAUAAUUUGCAAAUAAAUUCAUUAAAAAUCCUACAAUGUGAUUUUCUGGAUUUUUUUCCCUCAUUUUGUCUGUCAUAGUUGACGUGUACCUAUGAUGAAAAUUACAGGCCUCUCUCAUCUUUUUAAGUGGGAGAACUUGCACAAUUGGUGGCUGACUAAAUACUAUUUUUCCCCACUGUAUGUGUGAGUGUGUAAUUUAAAAAAUCCUUUUACCUGAUUGUUUAUCAACAUGGAACAUGUCGUGACGUGACUUUCAUUAAUGUGAUGACUGUUAUUUAUCAAAUUAACUAACUAUGUUUAAUUGUUACCCAAUUAAAUUAAUCAUGUAACAAUUAACUCAUUUAACUCUAAAAUAUAUAUGUUAUAUAUCGAUAACAGUCACUUAUAAAUCAUUACCGCAUAUCAGUCCUCAUUCUGAACGUCGCAUAAUCCUUGGAUCCACAAGAACUCCAACCUUACUUAUGAGUCAGCAAUACACAAAUUGGCUUAAUUAUUGAUUUACUAGCUAACUAAAUAAUAACACAGAAUAUGUACAUACUUAAUAAAUGAGAAAAGGUCCCUAGUGGACUAACAACAGCAUGACUGAUUGGUUAUCAAAGGAAAGGGAGGAGUAGAUAAAGAAGAAAAGAGAGAGAAAGAGACACAACACUUAUACAUUUGGAAACUACGCUCACAGUAAUCAGAAUACUUAGCACCCUAACGACCGACCAUUCGGAGAAGAAUUCAUGAAUGUAUUUACGUGUCUGUCUUUGUUCGUUGUCGCUCUGUUGAACUCAAUCACUUUCUCAAAAAGGAUUUGUGUCCUAUGGGUGUACGGCUCUGCUUGUCCACCAGAGGUCAAAAUAUCCUUCUUCUUAAUAUGUCCUGGCUUGGAGUGGAGGGUUCAAAUAGAACAGAUACUCAGAUGCACCCGUGAUUGUCUGAGAUGGGAUCUUCCUCUUCCCACUUCGUGUGGUUAGUCAAAGUUUGAGAUCACUUUACAUGCACAGCUACAGACUGCCAGUACUUUUUGGUCUAGUGAGUUUUUUCUUCACCUCGUGUAGAGAUUCAAAGUUCUAACCAUUUUAAACGUGUAGACUACCGUCUCACAUUUUCUGGUCUCAGAGUUUCAACCAUUUGUAACGUUUAGCACACGCUUCACGUCUGCUGGUCUGAUGUGAAUUUCGUUACCAAGGCUUUUUAUCCUCGGGUAAAAAGGGGGCGUUCCAUCACGCCGACACAAUGUCUGUGCUCACUUGGGGCGUGAUGACUGAAUGGGCAAAAGUUUAUGUGAAAAACAAUUAAAGACUAAAAUCACAUUCUUAUCUUCUCCAAAAUACUCUCAUACUUAAUCAUAUAUUUUAUACAACAUUUCGAUGUAAACUUGACAAAUAGAAUGUGUACACAUUCCGAGUUACAGUUAUUUUUUGAUACCAUCCUUAAUGACAUCACAAAAUAAUAAACAAUAUGACAUGAUUAUUCUUUAGGUCCCCACUGACCAUUCUUAACAUUCUAUUUUUCGGACAAAAACGUUUUGGCGGCAAAACUCUCUCUCUAGACAAAGACAUUCCGAUCUCAAUACUUGAGAGCCAGAGAGAGUUCUCUCCUGCUUAAAUUUACGACACAGUGUUAAGAUGUCAAAAGCCGGCCCAGACCCACUCCCCUCUUCUGUGGGUGAGACGGUCUGUUUGUUGUCAGUCAUUUGCCUAGCUGAUCUGAGUCCUUUGAUCCAUUGUCAGGAGAGUCAUGACAGACAGUAAGUUCAACUUUGAACAAGAAUAGACUGACAAGUUUUAGAAGAAAGUCAUUUGUUUCUGGCCAUUUUGAGCCUGUAAUCGAACCCACAAUUGAUGAUGCUCCAGAUACUCAACUAGUCUCAAGAAGGCCAGUUUUAUUGCUUCUUUAAUCAGCACAACAGUUUUCAGCUGUGCUAACUUAAUUGCAUAUAGAAGAACGGGGUACCUUCAGGUGUUUGGAAAUUGCUCCCAAGGGUGAACCAGACAUGUGGAGGUCUACAUUUUUUUCUUUCUGAGGUCUUGGCUGAUUUCUUUUGAUUUUCCCAUGAUGUCAAGCAAAGAGGCACUGAGUUUGAAGGUAGGCCUUGAAAUACAUCCAUAGGUACACCUCCAAUUGACUCAAAUUAUGUCAAUUAGCCUAUCAGAAGCGUCUAAAGCCAUUUUCCAAGCUGUUUAAAGGCACAGUCAACUUAGUGUAUGUAAACUUCUGACCCACUGGAAUUGUGAUACAGUGAAUUAUAAGUGAAAUAAUCUGUCUGUAAACAAUUGUUGGAAAAAUUACUUGUGUCAUGCACAAAGUAGAUGUCCUAACCGACUUGCCAAAACUAUAGUUUGUUAACAAGAAAUGUGUGGAGUGGUUGAAAAACUAGUUUUAUUGACUCCAACCUAAGUGUAUGUAAACUUCCGACUUCAACUGUAUUUGAAACUAUGUGGUCAGUCCAAAAUGACUUUUCAAUUCUGUCAUGGAAAUAAAUGUAUUUCCUGUUACCAAGUCAUGUACGGUUUUAUGCCUUUAGGACCAAUUUAUUGGUGAAUUACAGUGGUGUAAAGUACUUAAGUCUCUCUACUUUACUUCACUAUUUAUCUUUUGGACAACUUUUACUUCACUACAUUCCUAAAGAAAAUAAUAUACUUUUUUACUAACAUACAUUUUCCCUGACACCCAAAAGUACUCGUUACAUUUUGAAUUCUUAGCAGUUCAAGAAAAUGGUCCAAUUCACUCACUUGUCAAGAGAACAUCCCUGGUCAUCCCUACUGCAUCUGAUCUGGCGGACUCACUAAACACAAAUGCUUCGUUUGUAAAUUAUGUCUGAGUGAUGAAGUGUGCCCCUGGCUAUACGUAAAUAAAUAAAAAACAAGAAUAUGCCCUCUGGUUUUCAUAAUAUAAGGAAUUUGAAAUGAUUUAUACUUUUACUUUUACUUUUGAUACUUAAGUAUGUUUUAGCAAUUAAAUGUACUUUGAUACUUAAGAAUAUUUAAAACCAAAUACUUUUAUACUUUUACUCAAAUAGUAUUUUACUGGGUGACUUUCACUUUUACUUGAGUAAUUUUUUUAUUAAGGUAUCUUUACUUUAACUCAAGUAUGACAAUUGGGUACUUUUUUCCACCACCAGUGAAUUCUGAAAAGCUAUGCAAGGAUUGUUCUAUAAGGUUGUCUUUUAGGGAGUAAUAUAGGUUCUUGUAGAAUACAUUUCAUUUUCUUCCAUAUUGUUAUAGUGUAGUGUUUUUAACUAUUAUCUUUUGAAAAUAGACACAUACAAAGAUUCUGGGAAUGAGCAUGUACAUCUUCAAUAUGUACAAGUGGCGGUAGGUGCUGUUUAAGAUGAGGGAGGACAAUUAUGGUUUUAUGAGCAUGGCCUUAAUUUUAAUACAGCAUAUUGGAUGACUCAAUGUAACAUCGAUAGCUCAAUGUAACAUCGAUAGGUUUAGGCUACUACAUCAUACUGAAAUGUUCCCUACAUCCAUCAAGAGGUUGCUACAACCUAGCCUAUAAAUAAAGGUUUAUGUAGGUGCACAGGUCGAGAUUUUAUUUGAGUAAUCAAGGUGACAGACAGUGAAACAUUCAAUACCACCUUGCACACUCUUGCCUGCAUCUAGCUGAUAUAGGGUGUAAUCAUUAGUCCAACAGUUGCAAAUGAGAAAUUAUAUUGGACAAAAUCAGAUAUGUUUAUCUUUGCUUUGUUUUGUUUGCUUCCGUUUAAGAAAAGUUUUUCAACAGAAGCGGCAUAAUGAAUACACCGCUGAUCACAAGCAAACACAGUUCACUUUCAUAACAACCACAUACAGUGAUGGAAAAAAGUAUUUGAUCCUCUGGUGAUUUUGUACAUUUGCCCACUGACAAAGAAGUGAUCAGUCAAUUUUAAUGGUAGGUUUAUUUGAACAGUGAGAGACAGAAUAACAACAUCAAAAAAUCCAGAAAAACGCAUGUCAAGAAUGUUAUAAAUUGAUUUGCAUUUUAAUGAGGGAAAUAAGUAUUUGACCCCUCUGCAAAACAUGACUUAGGACUUGGUGGCAAAACACUUGUUGGCAAUCACAGAGGUCAGACGAUUCUUGUAGUUGGCCACCAGGUUUUCACACAUCUCAGGAGGGAUUUUAUCCCACUCCUCUUUGCAGAACUUCUCCAAGUCGUUAAGGUUUCGAGGCUGAUGUUUGGCAACUCGAACCUUCAGCUCCUUCUACAGAUUUUCUAUGGGAUUAACGUCUGGAGACUGGCUAGGCCACUCCAGGACCUUAAUGUGCUUCUUCUUGAGCCACUCCUUUGUUGCCUUGGCCGUGUGUUUUGGGUCAUUGUCAUGCUGGAAUACCCAUCCACGACCCAUUUUCAAUGCCCUGGCUGAGGGAAGGAGGUUCUCAUCCAAGAUUUGACGGUACAUGGCCCCGUCCAUCGUCCCUUUGAUGCGAUGAAGUUAUCCUGUCCCCUUAGCAGAAAAACACCCCCAAAGCAUAAUGUUUCCACCUCCAUGUUUGACGGUGGGGAUGGUGUUCUUGGGGUCAUAGGCAGCAUUCCUCCUCCUCCUCCAAACACUCGAGUUCAGUUGAUGCCAAAGAGCUCCAUUUUGGUCUCAUCUGACCACAACACUUUCACCCAGUUCUCCUCUGAAUCAUUCAGAUGUUUAUUGGCAAACUUCAGACGGCCCUGUAUAUGUGCUUUCUUGAGCAGGGGGACCUUGCGGGCGCUGCAGGAUUUCAGUCAUUCACGGCAUACUGUGUUACCAAUGGUUUUCUUGGUGACUAUGGUCCCAGCUGCCUUGAGAUCAUUGACAAGAUCCUCCCGUGUAGUUCUGGGCUGAUUCCUCACCGUUCUCAUGAUCAUUGCAAUUCCACGAGGUGAGAUCUUGCAUGGAGCCCCAGGCCGAGGGAGAUUGACAGUUCUUUUGUGUUUCUUCCAUUUGCGAAUAAUCGCACCAACUGUUGUCACCUUCUAACCAAGCUGCUUGGCGAUGGUCUUGUAGCCCAUUCCAGCCUUGUGUAGGUCUACAAUCUUGUCCCUGACAUUCUUGGAGAGCUCUUUGGUCUUGGCCAUGGUGGAGAGUUUGGAAUCUGAUUGAUUGAUUGCUUCCGUGGACAGGUGUCUUUUAUAAAGGUAACAAACUGAGAUUAGGAGCACUCCCUUUAAGAGUGUGCUCCUAAUCUCAGCUCGUUACCUGUGUAAAAGACACCUGGGAGACAGAAAUCUUUCUGAUUGAGAGGGGGUCAAAUACUUAUUUCCCUCAUUAAAAUGGAAAUCAAUUCAUAACUUUUUUGACAUACCUUUUUCUGGAUUCUUUUGUUGUUAUUCUGUCUCUCACUGUUCAAAUAAACCUACCAUUAAAAUCAUAGACUGAUCUUUUCUUUUUCAGUGGGCAAACGUACAAAAUCAGCAGGGGAUCAAAUACUGUUUUCCCUCACUGUACAAACAGCAUGAACAUUUUGUUCAUUACAUAAUUCCUUCUCGCAUCUACAUGCUCUCCUACUCUCACCAUUUCCCUUUACUUGUGGACUUCAGUACACAACACAUCAGCUGUCUGUGAUCAGGUGAAAAAAAUGUUCCAAGUAAAGGAACCAUAUUAGCUAACGACAUUAGUAACGUCAUAGUCAAUAUAGCUACUAGAACUAAAGUGUUAGUAAACCAACUACAAUCAUGCAGUACAGUGUACAGUUAACAAGAAGUUUAACAGUUACACAGGUGGGCCCAUGUGGCAAUAAAUUAAUAAAAACAAAAGCUUACUUUGACUUGGAAGAGUUCCAGUGUUGGAUAGCCAUAGCCAGCUAGCUAACAUAGCAUCCCUCUCUAUUUGUGCCGGGUGUAUGACUAGGCUAAGUAAAAGUGAAAAGAAAUACAACUAAAUUCUCUCUCUCUCUCUCUCUCUCUCUCUCUCUCUCUCUCUCUCUCUCUCUCUCUCUCUCUCUCUCUCUCUCUCUCUCUCUCUCUCAAUUCAUUCAUUCAUUCAUUCAUUCAAAAUUGUUAAACUAUUGUCUUUCUCUCUCUUUGAGUCAACUACUCACCACAUUUUAUGCACUGCAGUGCUAGCUAGCUGUAGCUUAUGCUUUCAGUACAAGAUUCAUUCUCUGAUCCUUUGAUUGUGUGGACAACAUGUAAGUUCAAGCUGCACGAGCUCUGAUAGGUUAGAGGACAUCCUCCAGAAGUUGUCAUAAUUAUUGUGUACGUCUAUGGAAAGGGUGAGAACCGUGAGCCUCCUAGGUUUUGUAUUGAAUUCAAUGUACCCAGAUUAGAAUGGAAACUAGCUGUCCUCCGGCUACACCAUGGUGCUACCCUACAGAGUGCUGUUGAAGCUACUGUAGACCUUCAUUGCAAAACAGUGUGUUUUAAUCAAUUAUUUGGUGACGUGAAUAUAUUUAGUAUAGUUUUAUCUAAAAAGGAUAACUUUUGUUAUGUUUCACUAUUUUUAUUUAUAUUAAAUUCACUGAGGAGGAUGGUCCUCCCCGACCUCUUCUGUGGAGACUCCACUGAUAUGUACCCAUUGUUCCUCUUUAGUGCAUUUAACUAUAUGUUGCAAGUAAAAAACCUUGGGUAGUGAGUUGAUACAAUUCCAAGUCUGGAAGGUUAAAACCACCCUCAGACAUAGGAAGAUGUAACAUUUUCCUUUUUAUUCUAUGAAUUUUAUUUGCCCAUAUAAAGUAUGUUACUUUUUUUAGAGAAUGCCUUCAGUGGGGUAAUUGGUAUUACCAAAAUCUACCUGUAAGAUUUAUGGGAUGAUUAUUCAAUUUAAAUCAGAUCUGCUUUCAUAUUGUUGAGUAAUGGCAAAUAAAGAAACAUCCCUUUUUCUGGACCCUGUCUUUCAAAUUGAAUUGCUAAAAAUACAAAUAACUUCACAGAUCUUUAUGGUAAAGGGUUUAAACAAUGUUUCCCAUGCUUGUUCAAUGAACCAUAAACAAUUAAUGAACAUGCACCUGUGGAACUGCCGUUAAGACGCUAACAGCUUACACACGGUAGGCAAUUAAGGUCACAGUUAUGAAAACUUAGGACACUAAAGAGGCCUUUCUACUGACUCUGAAAAACACCAAAAGAAAGAUGCUGGGCAUUCUGCAAGGAGGCAUGAGGACUGUAGAUGUGGCCAGGGCAAUAAAUUGCAAUGUCCGUACUGUGAGACGCCUAAGAGAGCGCUACAGGGAGACUGGACGGACAGCUGAUCGUCCUCGCAGUGACAGACCACGUGUAACAACACCUGCACAGGAUCGUUACAUCCGAACAUCACACCUGCGGGACAGGUACAGGAUGGCAACAACAACUGCCCGAGUUACACCAGGAACGCACAAUCCCUCCAUCAGUGCUCAGACUGUCAGCAAUAGGCUGAGAUAGGAUGGACUGAGGGCUUGUAGGCCUUUUGUAAGGCAGGUCCUCACCAGACAUCACCGGCAACAACGUCGCCUAUGGGUACAAACCCACCGUCGCUGGACCAGACAGGACUGGGAAAAAGUGCUCUUCACUGACGAGUCGCAGUUUUGUUUCACCAGGGGUGAUGGUCGGAUUCACGUUUAUCGUUGAAGGAAUGAGCGCUACACCGUGUCCUGUACUCUGGAGCGGGAUCGAUUUGGAGGUGGAAGGUCCGUCAUGGUGUGGGGCGGUGUGUCACAGCAUCAUCGGACUGAGCUUAUUGUUAUUGCAGGCAAUCUCAAUGCUGUGCGUUAAAGGGAAGACAUCCUCCUCCCUCAUGUGGUACCCUUCCUGCAGGCUCAUCCUGAAAUGACCCUCCAGCAUGACAAUGCCACCAGCCAUAAUGCUCGUUCUGUGCAUGAUUUCCUGCAAGACAGUAGUGUUCUGCCAUUGCCAGCGAAGAGCCCGGAUCUCAAUCCCAUUGAGCACGUCUGGGACCUGUUGGAUCGGAGGGUGAGGGCUAGGGCCAUUCCCCACAGAAAUGUCUGGGAACUUGCAGGUGCCUUGGUGGAAGAGUGGGGUAACAUCUCACAGCAAGAACUGGCAAAUCUGAUGCAGUCCGUGAGGAGGAGAUUCACUGCAGUACUUAAUGCAGCUGGUGGCCACACCAGAUACUGACUGUUACUUUUGAUAUUGACCCCCCCUUUUUUCAGGGACAAAUUGUUCCAUUUCUGUUAGCCACAUGUCUGUGGAACUUGUUCAGUUUAUGUCUCAGUUGUUGAAUCUUGUUAUGUUCAUACCAAUAUUUACACAUGUUAAGUUUGCUGAAAAGAAACACAGUUGACAGUGAGAGAACGUUUAUAUUUGUUGUUUGUUGUCACUUAUUAAGCAUCCUAAGUAUUUCAUAUUUUUUAUGGUCCACUUAAAGGAUUGCUGUAGAUCAUGAGUUAUUUUUUUUUCUAUUGCCAUUAUUUAAAAAAAUUCACGUACAUUUUAUAACCUGACAUUUUUUAGUAUUCUGGAAAUAUUUAGCAAAAGGGGCAUUGUGUUUUCAAUAUUGGUCAGGUACACUGCAUGAUCAAAGUAUGUGGACACCUUCUCAUCAAACAUCUCAUUUAAAAAUCCUAUAGAGUUGGCCCCCCCUUUGCUGCUACAACAGCCUCCACUCUUCUGGGAAGGCUUUCCACUAGAUGUUGGAACAUUGUGUCACGAAUGUCGGUGGAAUGCGGUAGGCCAGAGUCAAGCGCAGGACACAGAAUGAGAUGAAGAACCACUUUACUGAGUAGUAAAGAAAAUACAAGCAAAACAACAACAAAGGAGGAGCAAAACCCGCUCACAGAAUGACACUCGUACAAACCAAUAAACACGCACACCAAACAGUGGACGUGAACAGGUUAAAUAGGAAGACAAACAAACAUAAUAGGGAACAGGUGUGCAACAACAGACAACAAUCAAGUGAACAUAGAAACAUAUAACAUAGAGCGGCAGCAGCUAGUACUCUGGUGACGAAUGCCGAAACCUACCCGAGCCAGAAGGAAGGGCAGUCUCGGCAGAAUCCAUGACAGUACCUACCCCCCCACCCCCCUCCGGCCUUGGGUACGGCCAGGAGGACGCGGUGCGGGGCGAGUGUGAUGAUUCUGAUGGAAUUCUCUCAACAAGGAGGGAUCGAGGAUAUCCCUCCUAGGAACCCAGCACCGCUCCUCCGGACCGUAACCCUCCCACUCCACAAGAUACUGCAGGCCCCCCACCUGACGCUUCGAAUCCAGGAUGGAACGGACCGAGUACGCCGGUGCCCCCUUGAUGUCCAGUGGGGGCGGAGGAACCUCCCGUAUCUCAGACUCCUGGAGUGGACCAGCUACCACCGGCCUGAGGAGAGACACAUGGAACGAGGGGUUAAUACGAUAAUUUAUAGGAAGCUGUAACCUAUAACAUACCUCGUUCAAUCUCAUUAGGACUUUAAAUGGGCCCACAAACCGCCUACCCAAUUUCCUGGCAGGGCAGGCGAAGGGGCAGGUUUCAAGUCGAGAGCCAGACCCGGUCCCCCGGUGCAUACACCGGGGCUUCACUGCAGUAGUGGUCGGCGCUCGCCUUCUGACGCCUGAUGGCCCGCUGCAGGCGUUCAUGUGUAGCGUCCCGGGUCUCCUGCGAGCGCCGAACCCACUCGUCCACUGCAGGUACCUCGAUCUGGCUCUGAUGCCACAGUGCCAGGGCCGGCUGAUAACCUAACACACACUGGAAAGGUGUGAGGUCAGUUGAGGAGUGGCGGUUGGAGUUGAUAGCCAUCUCUGCCCAGGGUAGGAAAACCGACCACUCCCCUCGCCGGUCCUGGCAAUACGACCUCAGAAACCUACCCACCUCCUGGUUAAUUCUCUCCACCUGCCCGUUACUCUCGGGGUGAAAACCUGAGGUAAGGCUAACCGAGAUCCCCAAACGUUCCAUGAACGCCCUCCAAACCCUUGAGGUGAACUGGGAACCCCGAUCAGACACUAUAUCCUCAGGUACCCCGUAGUGCCAGAGGACGUGUGUAAAAAGGGCCUCUGUAGUUUGUAGGGCCGUAGGGAGUCCGGGCAGAGAAAGGAGGCGACAGGACUUAGAAAACCGAUCCACAACGACCAGGAUGGUUGUGUUCCCUCUUGAGGGAGGAAGAUCAGUCAUAAAAUCCACCGAUAGGUGGGACCACGGUCGUUGUGGAACAGGUAUGGGUUGUAAUUUCCCUCUGGGCAGGUGUCUAGGAGCCUUACACUGGGCACACACCGAGCAGGAGGAAACAUAAACCCUCACGUCCUUGGCUAAGGUGGGCCACCAGUACUUCCCACUAAGACAGGUCACUGUCCGACCGAUGCCAGGGUGACCAGAGGAGGGUGACGUGUGAGCCCAAUAGAUCAAACGAUCGCGGACCUCUAGCGGUACGUACUUACAACCCUCUGGACACUGGGGAGGAGAGGGUUUGAUACGUAACGCCAGCUCGAUGUCCGCGUCAACCUCACACACCACCGGUGCCACCAGACACGACGCCGGAAGUAUGAGACUGGGCUCCACGGAACUCUCCUCCGUGUCAUACAGUCGGGACAGAACAUCUGCCUUAGUAUUCUGGGAGCCCGGCCUGUAAGAAAGGGUGAAAACAAAACGGGUUAGAAACAUGGACCACCUUGCCUGGCGAGGGUUUAACCUCUUCGCCGCUCUGAUGUACUCCAGAUUGCGGUGGUCAGUCAAAAUGAGAAAAGGGUGUUUAGCCCCCUCAAGCCAAUGUCUCCACGCUUUCAGGGCUUUGACCACCGCCAACAUCCCGGUCCCCCACAUCAUAGUUGCGCUCCACCGGGCAGAGCUUCUUCGAAAAGAAAGCACAGGGGCGGAGCUUGGGUGGCGUGCCCGAGCGCUGAGAAAGUACAGCGCCUAUCCCAGCCUCGGAUGCGUCCACCUCAACCGUGAAGGCCAAGGAGGGAUCCGGAUGAGCCAGCACUGGAGCCGAGGUAAACAGGUCCUUCAGGCGACUAAAAGCCCUGUCCGCCUCAGCUGACCACCGCAGACGCACCGGUCCCUCCUUCAGCAACGAGGUAAUGGGAGCCACUACCUGACCAAAGCCCCGGAUAAACCUCCGGUAGUAGUUGGAAAACCCCAAGAAACGCUGCACCUCCUUUACCGUGGUUGGAGUCGCCCAAUUACGCACGGUCGAAAUGCGGUCACUCUCCAUCCUCACCCCAGACGUGGACAUGUGUUACCCUAGGAAGGAGAUGGACUCCUGAAAGAACAGUCAUUUCUCUGCCUUAGCCUACAGGUCAUGCUCCAACAGUCUUUCUAGCACUUUAAGCAUCAGGUACACAUGCUCAGCCCUUGUAGCGGAGUAUAUAAGUAUGUCAUCAAUAUACACCACUACCCCUUGUCCGUGCAGGUCCCUGAAAAUCUCAUCUCAAAAUGUCCAGAGGUGGUACUAAAUGCCGUCCUCCACUCAUCUCCCUCCCGGAUAUGCACUAGGUUGUACGCGCUCCUGAGAUCCAAUUUUGUGAUGAAGCGUGCCCCGUGCAAUGAUUCCGUCAUACUAGCUAUCAGGGGUAAUGGAUAGCUGUACAUGAUGGUAAUCUGAUUCAAGCCACGGUAAUCAAUGCACGGGCGUAAACCACCAUCCUUCUUCUUCACAAAAAAGAAACUCGAGGAGACAGGUGAAGUGGAUGGCCGAAUGUAUCCCUGUCUCAGAGACUCGGUGACAUAUGUCUCCAUAGCCGCCUUCUCCUCCUGAGACAAAGGAUACACGUGACUCCGGGGAAGUGCAGCUCCUACCGGGAGAUUUAUCGCGCAAUCCCCCGGACGAUGAGGUGGUAAUUUAGUCGCCCUAUUUUUACUGAAGGCGAUAGCCAAAUCGGCAUACUCGGCAGGAAUGUGCAUCGUGGAAACCUGGUUUUGACUUUCCACCGUAGUUGCCCCCAAGGAAACUCCUACACACCUCCCUGAACACUGACCGGACCAUCCCUUAAGAGCCCUCUGUUGCCAUGAAAUCGUGUGGUCAUGAAUGGUUAACCAGGGAAGUCCCAACACCACAGGAUACGCAGGACAAUCAAUCAGAUAGAGGCUAAUCCUCUCCUCAUGACCCCCCUGCGUCCUCAUCAGAAGUGGGGUGGUGACCUCCCUGAUUAUGCCUGACCCUAACUGGUGACUAUCUAAUGCGUGCACAGGGAAAGGUUUAUCAACAGACACAGUAGGAAUCCCUAAACUACGAGCACACUGGCGAUCAAUAAAAUUCCCAGCCGCGCCUGAAUCUACUAGCGCCUUAUGCUGGGAAUGGGGGGAAACUUCUGGAAAAACAAUAUCUAUACACAAAUUAGCAACAGGAGGCUCUGGGUGUGUCGGGUGCUUACUCACCCGAGACGGUCAACCAGUGCCCUGCCUGCUGCCUCGACCUCCUGAGGACCCUCCCCAGCACCGACCAGCAGUGUGUCCUCUGUGGCCACAGUUGGUGCAGGGGACGGUCCGUCUCCCUAACCGCAGCACCUCCGAGCUCCAUGGGGGUAGACUCGGAGGUGCUGGGGGAUGGAAUGGACGGCCCCUGAUCAGAACGUCCGCGGGCUGCCAACAGGUUAUCCAACCUGAUGGACAUGUCCACCAGUUGGUCCAGGGUGAGAUCGGUGUCCCUGCAGGCCAGCUCCCGAUGGACGUCCUCCCUUAAGCUGCAGCGAUAAUGGUCGAUCAGGGCCCGCUCAUUCCAUCCCGCGCCGGCUGCUAAAGUUCUGAAUUCCAGCGCGAACUCCUGCGCGCUCCUCAUCUCCAGUCGUAGGUGGAACAGACGUUCACCCGCCGCUCUCCCCUCUGGUGGAUGAUCGAAUACCGCCAGGAAGCGGCGGGUGAAAUCCUUGUAGCGGACAGGACUUGCGUCUAUUCCUCCCCACUCGGCGUUGGCCCAUUCCAGCGCCUUCCCCGAAAGACAGGAGAUGAGGGCGGACACGCUCUCGUAUUCCGAGGGCGACAGGUGAAUGGUGGCCAGGUAAAGUUCGACCUGGAGGAGAAAUCCCUGGCACCCGGCAGGUGUUCCUUCAUAUGCCCUUGGGAGCGAGAGCCGAAUCCCACUGGACCCAGAUGGCGAAGCGGUGACCAGUGUUGUAGGUGGUUGAGUGGUUGGAGAUGGUGACGGGAUACCACCUCUCUCCCAUCGUUCCAUUGUCUGGAAUACUCGUUCCAUGGUGACCCCGAGAGUACGAAUCAUUAAUUCCUGACGUUGGACUCGUUCGUCCAUCGUCUCGGUUACUCCGGCUGCUCCUGCUGACUCCAUAGUGGUGCGUGUUUCUGUCACGAAUGUUGGUGGAAUGCAGUAGGCCAGAGUCAAGCGCAGGACACAGAAUGAGACGAAGAACCACUUUACUGAGUAGUAAAGAAAAUACAAUCAAAACCCUCCAAACAACAAAGGAGGAGCAAAACCCGCACACAGAAUGACACUCGUACAAACCAAUAAACACGCACACCAAACAGUGGACGUGAACAGGUUAACAUAUAAAAUAGAGCGGCAGCAGCUAGUACUCCGGUGACGACGAACGCCGAAGCCUGCCCGAGCCAGAAGGAAGGGCAGUCUCGGCAGAAUCCGUGACACAUUGCUGCGGAGAGCAUUACUGAGGUCGGGCACUGAUGUUGGGCGAUUAGGCCUGGCUCGCAGUCGGCGUUCCAAUUCAUCCCAAAGGUGUUCGAUUGGGUUGAGGUCAAGGCUCUGUGCAGACCAGUCAAUUUCUUCCACACCGAUCUUGACAAACCAUUUCUGUAUGGAUCUCGCUUUGUGCAAGGGGGCAGUUUCAUGCUGAAACAGGAAAGAGCCGUCCCCAAUCUGUUGCCACAAAGUUGGAAUCAGAUAAUCGCCUAGAAUGUCAUUGCUUUAGCGUUAAGAUUUCCCUUCACUGCAACUAAUGGAUCUAGCCCGAACCAUGAAAAACAGCCCCAGACUAUUUUUCCUCCUCCACCAAACUUUACAGUUGGCACUAUGCCAAUGGUGGCGAGCUAUACACCACUCCAGCCGACGCUUGGCAUUGCACAUGGUGAUUAUAGGCUUGUGUGCAGCUGCUUGUCCAUGGAAACCCACUUCAUGAAGCUCCCAACGAACAGCUCUUGUGCUGAUGUUUGCUUCCAGAGGCAGUUUGGAAGUCCGUAGUGAGUGUUGCAACCAAGGACCAGCGAUUUUUAUGCGCUACGAGCUUCAUCACUCUGCGGUUCCGUUUUGUGAGCUAGUGUGGCCUACCACUUUGCGGCUGAGCCGUUGUUGCUCUUAGACGUUUCCACUUCACAAUAACAGCAUUUACAGUUGACCGGGGCAGCUCUAGAAGGGCAGAAAUUUGACGAACUGAUUUGUUGUAAUGGUGGCAUCCUAUGACGGUGCCACGUUGAAUGUCGCUGAGCUCUUCAGUACGGGCCAUUCUACUAUUAAUGUUAGUUUAUGGAGAUUGUAUGGCUGUGUACUUGAUUUUAUACACCUGCCAGCAACGGGUGUGACUGAAAUUUGGAGGGGUGUCCACAUAUUUUUGUAUAUAUACACUGUGUAUCAGGAGAUAAUCUGCAAAUAAAUUUAGUUCCUGUUUACCAAUAUAUUUUAGGUUUGGGUCCUGUCUAAUUCUUUCUGCAAGCAGUUAAAUUACCAGUGCAAACAGUAGGGUGGAGAGUGGACAUCCCCAUCUUGUGUCCCUUUCUAAAGCAAUUUCAUCAGAUAAUGUAUUAUUUGUGUAUAUUUUUGCUUUAGAACAUUUAUACAAAAUGUUUAUAAAAUCAAGAAAUUUCAGCUGGAAAGUUGAAAGUUUCCAAAGUUUUGAAUAGAAAAGGCCAUUCAAUAUAUUUUUAAUAAACCCUGUUUGAGUGAUAUGUAUCAAGUCUGGUAAGACUUUUGCCAUUCUAUUGCUUAUAAGCUUUGACAUUAUUUUAUUGUCAAAAUGUCUUAAUCUUAUGGGUCUAUAAUCAGCAGGGGACGCUAAAAAUACAUUUAAAUUGUGUCAUCAAGCUGGCGCCGACGGAGAAGGGCAACAUCUUAUGAGUUCCAACCCGUCUCUGCUAUUUAGUUACUUUAUUAGUGUUUAUCUUAAUUUGUUUUGUACAAAAAGUUCAUACUAUUAUCACAUAUGACCGCCAAGCACUUCUGGACAUCAGAUCGACAGUUACUAACCUCGAUUUCGACUUCACAUCUGACUUCAACUCCUACUCAGCUGUUCCCUUGUUCAUAAUGGACCCCAUUCCUUUGUUUCAUGGGCUACCAAAACACAGCAGGCGUAGAAAAGGAGACGUGCUGGCAUCCUGGUGAGAUUGAGACAAAGAGAAUAUCGACUGGCACUCCCCUCCGUUCUAUUGGCAAAUGUCCAGUCACUAGAGAAUAAGAUGGAUGAGCUUCGUUUGAGAGUCUCCUAUCAGAGAGACUUGAAAAGCUGCAAUAUUAUGUACCUUGCAGAGACGUGGCUGGAUGACUCUAUGUACGUAGGACUCUGUGGUUUCUCCAUGCAGUGGCAUGAUCAGACGAAGGAGGCCUCAGGGAAGUCAAAAGGGGGAGGAGUGUGUCUCUUCAUAAACAAAAACUGUAUUCACUUAAUUCAAACGACGUGACAUGUCACUUCUGGCUGAACGAAAACAAGUGUACCUAGAUGUAACUCCUACAAAAGGAGGGAGUAAUGCAGAGAAUGAAGGGCCUUGGUCAGGGAGGUGAACAAGAACCCGAUGGUCACUCUGACAGAGUUCCAGAGUUCCUCUGUGGAGAUAUGAGAACCUUCCAGAAGGACAACCAUCUCUGCAGCACUACACAAAUCAGGCAUUUAUGGUAGAGUGGCCAGACGGAACCCAGUCCUCAGUAAACGGAACAUGACAGCCCGCUUGGAGUUUGCCAAAAGGCCCCUAAAGGACUUAGAAAACAAGAAACAAUAUGAUCUGGUCUCAUGAAACCAAGAUUGAACUCUUUGGCCUGAAUGCCAAGCGUCACGUCUGGAGGAAACCUGGCACCGCUCAUUACCUGGCCAAUACCAUCCCUACGGUGAAGCAUGGUGGUGGCAGCAUCAUGCUGUGGGAAUUUCUUUCAGCGGCAUGGACUGCAAGACUAGUCAGGAUUGAGGGAAAGAUGAACGGAGCAAAGUACAGAGAGAUCCUUGAUGAAAACCUGCUCCAGAGCACUCAGGAUCUCAGACUGGGGUGAAGGUUCACCUUCCAACAGGACAACGAUCAUAAGCACAAAGCCAACACAACGCAGGAGUGGCUUCGGGACAAGUCUCUGAAUGUCCUUGAGUUCCCCAGCCAGAGCCCGGACUUGAACUUGAACGAACAUCUCUGGAGAGACCCAGAAAAUAGCUGUGCUGCAACGCUCCCCAUCCAACCUGACAGAGCUUGAGAGGAUCUGCAGAGAAGUAUGGGAUAAACUCCCCAAAUACAGGUGUGCCAAUCUUGUACCAUCAUACCCAAGAAGAUUCAAGGCUGUAAUCGCUGCAAAAAGUGCUUCAACAAAGUACUGAGUAAAGGGUUUGAAUACUUAGAGUACCAGUCAAAAGUUUGGACACACCUACUCAUUCAAGGGUUUUUCUUUAUUUUUACAAUUUUCUACAUCGUAGAAUAAUAGUGAAGACAUCAAAACUAUGAAAUAACACAUAUGGAAUUAUGAAGUAACCAAAAAAAUGAUAAACAAUUCAAAAUAUAAUUUAUAUUUGAGAUUCUUCAAAUAGCCAACCUUUGCCUUGAUGACAGCAUUGCACACUCUUGGCAUUCUCUCAACCAGCUUCACCUGGAAUGCUUUUACAACAUUCUUGAAGGAGUUCCCACAUAUGCUGAGCACUUGUUGAAUGCUUUUCCUCACUCUGCGGUCCGACUCAUCCCAAACCAUCUCAAUUUGGUUGAGGCCGGGGGAUUGUGGAGGCCAGGUCAUCUGAUGCAGCACUCCAUCACUCCUUCUUGGUAAAAUAGCCCUUAAAACAGCCUGGAGGUGUGUUGGGUCAUUUUACUGUUGAAAAACAAAUGGUAGUCCCUUGGGAUGGCGUAUUGCUGCAGAAUGCUGUGGUAGCCAUGCUGGUUAAGUGUGCCUUGAAUUCUAAAUAAAUCACAGCACCCCCACACCAUAACACCUCCACGGUGGGAAAUACACAUGCAGAGAUCAUCCGUUCUGAGAGGUAACUCAGGGGUUUCCAUUCCUGUGGUGGUCCUCAUGAGAACCAGUGUCAUCAUAGUUCUUGAUGGUUUUUGUGGAUGCAUUUGAAGAAACUAUAAAAGUUCUUGAAAUGUUCCGUAUUGACUGACCUUCAUGUCUUAAAGUAAUGAUGGACUUUUGUUUCUCUUUGCUUAUUUGAGUUGUUCUUGCCAUAAUAUGGACUUGGUCUUUUACCAAAUAGGGCUAUCUUCUGUAUACCUCCCCUACCUUGUCACAACACAACUGACUGGCUCAAACGAAUUAAGAAAUUCCACAAAUUAACUUUUAAGAAGGCACACAUGUUAAUUAAAAUGCAUUCCAGGUGACUACCUCAUGAAGCUGGUUGAGAGAAUGCCAAGAGUGUGCAAAGCUGUCAUCAAGGCAAAGAAUCUCAAAUAUAUAUUUAUUUACUUUACACUUUUUUGUUUACUACAUUAUUUAGUGGUUUUGAUGUAUUCACUAUUAUUCUAAAAUGUAGAAAAUAGUAAAAAUAAAGGAAAACCCUGGAAUGAGUAUAUGUGUCCAAACUUUUGACUGGUACUCUAAGUUUUCAGACCCUUUACUCAUUGCUUUGUUUAUGCAUGGCAUAAGGUCCCUGUAUGCAUUGUACUCAAGGGUACAGAAAGCACCUCCUGCUCCAAACAGCUAGGCUGCCCACGACAGCUGAAACAGAGCAGUACCUAGCAAAUUGCUUUGCCCUUGUUUUUGUCAGGCCCACAAUCUGGAGGCCACGCACUGCAAGCCUGUUUACGUGGCCGAGACGGCCAAAUAUCAGCGCCACCAGCUUGCACCUACACCUGAGGCUGUCCAAGCGUGCCACAAGAGGCUGGUAUUUAAGCAACUUCUCGGCAAAGGCCUGCUCUAUGUAGCCAUCAAAUGAGCAGCCCACUUCCAAAAUGAGCACCUCCACCUGGCCUCCCCCACAGCAACAAUAUCUGGCGUAUUUAGCACACAUCAUCAUCAACAUCAAACCAGCUUCCCCUUACACAAUAAUGUUUAUGUAUGACGCUGGUUGGAAGAAUACCCACAGACCGGGCAUGCCCACUGACUGGCCUCAGUUCCAGGUGCAACACACACACACAGCGGGCUAAUGGAAGUUAAUGGGGCCUAAUAGAGUGUACUGUAAUAUGGGUUGAUGUAGACUUCAGCCCCUUUGUUACUGUCAGAGGUAGUCUAAUGUAGCGAACAGUGUUACAAGCUAAUGUAGAAGACUGUAUAACAGUGGUGUAUGGUCCAACAAUGUGACCAUUAUUAGAAACUGCUGGAGGGUAAUAUACUGGACCCGUCUGCCUUGUUCAAUGGAGUCUAAUGAAACCUCCCUUUCAAGAGUACCUGAAAAUAAAAUAAAAUAAAGUUAGAAAGAGGUAGAAGCACGGCAAGGCACAAUAGAGGUGAGCAUGUCUCCAUCUGUCUUAUGACCUCAUACACCAAAGACGGCAUUAACGAUAAGUAAUAAAAUAAAGACGGCACCUUUAAAAGCCCACUUCACACCAUAGCCUGCUGAAUUUGCAAGAUAACUUUUCUUUCAUUUUGAUUUUGUCACAAAUGAAAAUGUGGCACUGACUCGCCCAUGGAUUGAUGUUUCAGCAGUGUCUCAAUGAAGAGUUUGGCAUUCGACUAGCCAUAUGUGACAUGCACGCACAAUUACAAGCCUGCUAGAAUUAGCUGCAGGCUAGCGAGCAAUAUCCACCGACGUAGUACGAAUAAAGCCUGACCUGGAAAGUGAAGUUAACCGAAGCUGGCUAGCUUAAUACUGUCGUAUAUGAUGAGUGGUAGCAAUUAUUGCUGUCAACAAAAAGUCCGCUAUGCUGCAUCGUGUUCGAGGCUUUUAUUAAAAUCACGAAUUUACAGCAUAGAUACAGACUCGCGAUGUCCGGAGAACGGCUCCCCAGAUUGCUAUGGCCGUUCUGCCGUCUCAUCGUUUACCCCCUAUUUAUAAACAAUGCAAAAAGAGGAGUGACUCCCCUCUUCUGGCCAAUCACCAGUCUCCCCUGGGGCAUCACCCUCCCAACGCUACAUUUGAACUAAGAUCAUAAAACAACAUUCUUUGUUCCUCCAAAACAUUUAACAAAGGCAUAAUCUUCAGAUACGAUAUUAUAUAUAUAUUAUAUUAUAUAUUCCCCCCUUUCGAGACGAAAUAAACGUCUCGAAAACAAACAGAAUAAGAUUAUGACUAUUAACCAUUUAUCUUAUUGAGUAUCUUUAACAUUAAACCAAACACAUUCUCCUCUAGAGUUAAAAUCCUUUCUAUGAAAUACCUGUUUAUGAAGUGAGAAUACAUUACUAUGACAUAUGAAGUGAGAAUACAUUACUAUGACAUAUGAAGUGUGAAUACAUUACUAUGAACUAUGAAGAAAUCUCUAUGGAGUGUAAGAGCGAAAAACUGCUCACAGCCAUCCAUCCCUAUCAAUCAAGACAGUAAAAUUCUCUCCACGGUCCCUCUGCCCCAGGCAACCACCGUCGGUACUCCAGAUAACCUCAUAACUCAUGUAAAUGCAUUUGAAACUAUAAUACAAUUAAACUACACAUGUAAGCCCCUGUAAACAAAAUCCUAUCCAAUAACAUCCAUUGUACGGCUGGGUCAACCCAUAUGACUGGACAAUGAAACUCUCCCUUCCUAGCCUCUCUGUCCCCUAAACAUUCACCGAAAUAAACAAAAACAUCUAAGAUCCUUACAUGUAUCCCAAUUACAUCAAACAUCAUUCUAACAAAAAUUUAUCACCUGAGGCUAUUAACACAAUUAUGUAUUACACAUCAAAUAUGUCUAUAUUUCAUUGCAGACACUGGAAUGUAGUCCACUACACUUCCUCUCCUCCGUAGUCUCGACCUCCGUAUUCUCCUCCGUAGUCUCGACUUCCACUGCCAUCGUUGAUGAUGGAAUCGGAACCUUUCCACACCCCUCCUUGUUUCAUCUCCUCCAGUCCAUAUUGUCCCUUCAUAUUGUCCUUCAUAUUGUCCUUGUUUGAAUAUUUAAAUCUCCACAUGUUCUCCCAAAUGCUUCUGGAAGAAAUAAAAGACCAAAACAGUAUCUUUUGCAAAACAACAUUUUCAAAUUAAACCUCAGCAUCAAUUUAAGAAUAUAAAAUGACUAUAAAUGAUGUAUGAAUCACAUUAACCUAUCCCCCCCUUGAUUCAUAAAAUCAUUCUAAAAAUCAUACUAAAAAAAAUGUUUUCCUUGAAACACAUAAAAAUAAAAUGAUCAAAUAAUCAAAAAGGAUAUUUAUCCAUUCAGUAGUCCAUCUAGGAACCCCCUCGUCCGUCUUCGUCCAGAUCCGGAACAGUCAACACCGGCAUCAUUCUCCACCUAUUUCAAUCUCAUAGCUUCCUCAAAAGUCAGUAACAUAUUACACAGUGCUAUCAAAGCUGUCAUUACCCAUCACUUCACGUCUGCCCCUACUGGCCUAAUGAUCUUGCAACCAAAUCUAUCUCAGAUCUCCCAAACACAUCCCUAUAAUGCAUAUAUAACCCCAGUGAUCUUAUCUAAACUAUCUGGACUCAAAAGAUAACUAAUAUUUAUCAAUAUGAUCUUCCCAAAUGUUACACCAUACCAUGAAUAAAGUCCCCCCUUCUCCCUUAGACUUAUUCUUCAAUGAUAGGCUUGAAGCCUAUCACAUGUCCCUUUUCAUCCUAUUUUGAACUCUAAUUUCAGAUCGAUCUGUGUUCGGUGCUACUCCUCUUUUAAUAGUAAAAGCCUCAUAUGGAAGCUUCAAUGUUGACAUGUAACCAAAUCCUGUCCAUCCUUAAUAUAAGUAUAUAUAUAUGCUUUAUCACCCCCAAACCCCUAAAUAUCUCUAAAAUUCCCCAUAGUCACAUUGUCAGUCAAAAGCUAAUCGUUUAACCAUCAAAGUCCUGCUUUUCUACUACCUGAUACAUAAAAAGUUACAUUAUAUUUGUCAUCUCUAACCUUAUGUUCAUGCUUAUCCAAAGUUAUCAUAUAACAUCACACUCUGCUCUUCCCAUAAACAUACCCCUUACCUCCUAUGUUUUAUUAGAACAAAAACAACUUUUAGCCCUCAAUGUUUCACCUGAAUACUUCAUGGUUCCGUUGUUACCUGAUCUUCCUUUCCCAUUUAACAAUUCCCAUAGGGUAAUUCAUUUACCCAAGAACACUACUUAAACCUAGGCUUAAACCACUGUUCUGACAACGACAUUAUUUAUCUGUCAAUGGACUGUUGCCCAAAUUUACCACAGUCAUGACAAUCAUAAGACUGACCCAUACCUGAUAGAGGCUGCGCAACCGUCUAACAUGUUUGGGAUGGAAUUCUCAACAGACAUGGACCCUCAAGAUUCCUCACUGAUCUUACAGAAUGAUUAAUCUCUCUCUAAUUUCCACAAACAGAACUAACGAGCGAUACUGAUCAGAUACCCCCCCCCUGUCUGUCAUCAAAAAUCAAGAUCUCAUCCUGUCCUCCAUGAUGAAUCUAUAUUCUCUCUACUACUAUCUGUUCUCCUAUUUUAACCCUAUUCUGUACUAUCAUUGACCAGCACUCUCCAUCCGUAACCUAAACCCCUGAGUCCUUCUUGCUACCCCCCUUUAAUUUCAGAACAGUUUGUGUCGGUAUCAUACUCCUAUAUUUGCUAUUGCCAUAGUAUCAUUAUCCCUUCCAAAGUUACCAUUAAAGUAGUUGAUUUAGCUGCUGUAAUCAACCCUAAUUACUCUAGUGCAAAGUUUCCCAUUAUCCUCGGUGUAUUAUCUACUGUUGGAGUGACUACUGUCCAUCAGUUCUACUCCUCCUGAACUCCCUCAAUGACUGGUGGAGGCUACAAACAGACCUCAACUCUUCCAUUAUAAGCAUUACUUUAUGAAUUACAUAGCCCUUUAACCAAUAAUUCCUAACCGGAACAAAUUCUAAUGCUUGCCCUAAAUAAGUACACAUAUAUUCUCCCUGACCUUUCUCUGUAAACAUUACGCAACAUAAGUGAACAGUCACUCCUAACCCUCUUCUAAACUAUACCUCCUUUUACUCCUGGUCCUGAUAACAAUACUUAUUCUCCAUAAUUAUCUCUCCAUAUGGGAGGAACGUCCCCAUCUUAAACCCUAAUAAGUAUUUUCCCCCUAAAAUUGGUGCUGUAUUGGUUCCCUUAUAAUCAAAUGCGAUAUAUUUAUGACUUUUAAUACCUAUCAAUGUUGAAAGAGUUAAAUUGCUUCUCCCUGUUGUUUCUAAUAGACUGAAGUGUUAAUGUCCUUAUUUACUCCUAGUUUUCCCCCAGUUUUCCCCUAAGACUUUGAACUCUUUCCUUGUACUUCCAUCCAUCACCACUAGUGUCACUUUUUCCCCAAAUCUCAGUCCUAUCUCUAAAUCCCUGACUUUCAAACUUUGGAUUACACAAAAUACACCUAUAAUGACCUUGAUCUCCCUGCUGGAAACUGUAAAUAUAGAUACUCAAUCACCCUCAAAUCAUUCAGCAACACAUACUUUCUCAAUGCAUCUGCUCCUAACCGAUUUAAACUCCUACCAUAUCUUCCCACUAAACUUUAAAAUGUCCUUCCUCACUGUUCUCUCUCUGUCUUACUACUAACUUUGAAACUUAGCUUACUGUCUCAGAGUUCUUCCAACCCUAAUCUACUCCUAACUUAUUUUAAUCUAAUAUUUUAAUCUAAUAUUUAAAACCUUUUCCCCUGAUUUAUUGACAAAAUCUCUUACCACCAAAUUUUUGGAAUAUGUGAUUGGGAAAGUUCCCCACCUGCUUCUGACUCAUUACACACAGACUUGGCAAAACGACUAACCACCUUUUAGCCUAGCCUGAAAUCCCUUAAUGUAAGAAUGUAACCCAGAAUAAUAAUCACCCUAUUAAGUUUAUUUUCCCAAACAGAUUGUCUAAUAGGCAAUCUAAUAAAUUAUCAUCCUUCCUAUGAUAUUAUCUUUUUAAGCAAAUGAUUCCCAAAAACCCUACUUUUUAAAAUAUUCUACCAGACAGUCAGUCGUCUAGUGUACAUCUUAUUGUACGCUUCAAUUUACACCAUGCAUCUCUUUCCCAACAAUGCCAUAGGUAUAUUGUCCUAAUAUUAGUAUGUCUCUUUUACUUCCUCUUUGACUUUUAUAGCAGAGCUCAAUUGAUUCCCUAAGAGUAAUUAAACUGUUUUACUACAUCAAACCCCUAUCCUACCCUAAUUAAUUUUACAUAGUGAGAUGUUUAACCUCUUUAGGCUGAACACAUACAUUUUCCCACUAUUCACUAUCACUUCUAAUGGCCGGUUGUUUCAACUGUUAGCUAUUUUCUCUUCUCCUCUAAUUGAGGCUCUCAGCAAUGCACCCCCCUUCCGGAUCUUCUCUAGAACAGGUGAUCUUCACUUGCUCCUUCAUCUUCCUCUGUUGUUUUCUCCUGUUCUUGGGAUUCUCUCAGCAGUUUUCUUGGUCCUGUUCCUUCUCGUCGUUGACAUAUCAGUAAUCUUCAACCUUAGUUCUAAGUUCUGUCCUCGAAAUAUCAUCUUCCAUCAUCUUCUUACUUUUCUUCUCUGCCAGUCCUUGUAGGACAAACUCCUCUUGAAAAUAAAGCACCUUUAAUCUCCAAAUCUUCAUCACUUUCUUCAUCUUCAACUUCCAUCAGAGAUCAAAUCUCGCGUAUCCUUCUUCGUUUCUCUCUUGCCAACUUCCUUCUGAUCACAGAAUCAUAUCCACCCAUGACCUCUCUCAAUCACUCUCAUCUUCAUCCUCCUCAUCUCCUUCACGUUCCAGACCUCUCAUUUUCUUCCGUCUUCUGGAUUCAUCUUCAUCGUUGUUUCUGCUGGUACCCUAUCUAUUAUUUGUUCAUCUUAAUUUCUGAUGCAAUAAUCACUCCUAGAUGAUCAUUGUAAGCUGAGAAUAAACAUCCCUAAGCUCUACUUUUUAGCCUAUCUUAUCGCUGGAAUAUUUUAUCAAUUUCUGUUAUCAAUUUCUGUUUGAGAAUGAAGGGCAACUUUUGUUUCACUUGCCGGAUACCCUAGCAACACUUUAAUUAAAGGAUUACCACUAUUUCAACCCGUGUAAUGACUUUCAUAGUCCUGAUAUCUUUUUCCCCAUUGUAACAAGCCUUUCUAUUCCUUUAUUGUGAACUAUCCUAUUUUAGACUAUAUAAGUUAUAUAGGCUUCCCCCCUGUAAUUCUUAAUAUAACCUAAACAAAUCCAUUAACAAUCCUGAAUAAUUAACCCCAAUUCCUAUUCCUAUGUCACCAAUAUCAAUUAGUGUUAGCUAUCUUACCACAACCCAUCAACUGCAAGUAAAUGCAAGUUAGUCAUCUUCAGACUAAAAUACCCAUAAACAAAGCCUUCUAACCUUACAACCCUUCAAUACUCCAAUUCCCAUAACCCCUUGCUCUAUUAGCUCUAAUUAUCUUAAAUUUACAGAACAAUCCUCAAUCCAUCCUUGAUUCCCAACACAUCUGUAAUCAAACCCCAGUGAUACACAGAGCCACCAAAAUACAAUUUUUAAUGAAAUAGUAUUUGCCAAGCCUAUGUAAAAUUGUCAUAACAUCACAUAUUCUGUUAGGAUGAUUUUGUGUACUAGCCUGAUCCGAUCCUCUCGUCUGCCUCGUCACACCUUGUUCGUGACGCACACGUCAGCCCCUUCUCUCUCUCUCCUCUCGUUCCAUGUUCCUCUCAUAAUUCAAAAAAAACAUAGAAACACACACGAUUUCAGCAGUUAAUGCAAUCACUGAGUAUUUCCAACCAUUCAAUAUUCGUUCGUUCUACAUUAUUCACUCUAAGACUAAACUCAGAAUUAAAUAGAUCGCUCAAAAACAUUUUUUAUUUUAAUCCGUCUUUUAAUUAUUUAAUUCAAUUUAUUAUAAUCCGCUACCAUAUAUCUAAUUUAUAAAUUCAAUAGGCUACAAAACAAGUUUCAUCUUUAACCAAUCGCAGUUUAAACUAGAAUCAUCGUGUUAAAAUUUCUCCUCUGUCUAUUUUCCUUGCAGGGUAACGCCAAAUGGGACCUAUGACCUGUACCCCACCAUUUUGUUUUGUAGGCUUAGCACACCCUCAUUUCGUAGUUUUUAGCCCCGUAAAAUCAACACGUGUCCUAAUCUCGUGUCAUAAACUCCCCCUUUCUGUAGGGUAGUGUCGCAAAAUUAAACGCAUGCGCACAGCCAUUCAAAAAUACCUUUUCCCCGUGAAAGAAUGAUUCUCUACUCUCUCUCCCCAAACAGAAAGAAUAACAUCCAGCUGUAAUUUCCCAUUUCCCCCUUAUAGUCAAACAACAUUUAACAGCGCUCACAAAACAUAUAACCUGACUUAAACACAGAGACAAAUUUAAGAGACUUUAAUCCAUCGCAAUGGAAUCUCUAAGGAUAUCCGUUAGCAUGUAGCACGCAACACAAUUAGCAUUAGCAGUUAGCAUUAGCCUGAGGUACACUGUGACACAAAACACAGUUAGCAUUUAGCCUUAAGCAUUAACAUCCACCUCAGCCACCAUGUAGAAUGUAGCAUGAUUCACACUUUAGCAUUAAAACAAAUUAGCCUUAGCAACGAUGCACCACGUGGCCUGAAACAAUCAAGCAUUAGCCACGAGGUACCACGUGGCCUGAAACAAUCAAGCAUUAGCCCUAGCCUCCAGCUAACUGCGGCCUACUAGCUAUACAAAUGAACACCCCGCACCGUGGCCAAAUCAUCAUCAUCGCAAUUAUCUCCGUCUAACUUUUUGUUGCCUUGAAAGAUGAAUCUCAUAUCAAGCGGUUAUCCCCAACAUAUCUCCCGUCGGCUAUAGAAGAAGUAAACAUAAAUACAACCAUUCACUUCAUAAUUCCCGCUUAAGGAAUCAACCUGACCCAAUCUAACUAAGUCCCGGAUUUGUGGCCCAUUCCUAAAGAAUCGCCUCGAUCAAGAGGUCUUUUCCGUAUUCACGGUGCCCUAACUAUGCAGACGUCUUCCAACAUUUAUCCUCUACCAAUCCAUUGUCACCCGUUACCAAUGAAUUAUACACUUUCAAUACUUAAAUCCUACCGUUUAAUGCUCUACAUUCCAAUUAACUGCCGUUCUUGAUGGAAUAAAUUUUAGCAGACUCCAGUCGACCGCAAUAACGCCACCGAGGCCAGGUCAUAAUGGAACAUCCCUUCAAUGUACACAAGUCAUAUCCAAUCUAACAACCUCCGAAGCGGUAAGAACACUCACCCUUUUUCCAUGCUUCAGAGAGAGAGUUAGCCUGGCGGUUGACUGAAACACAGAGGAGACGCAAACCCAGCCCCACGUUGGGCGCCAUUAUGUCGUAUAUGAUGAGUGGUAGCAAUUAUUGCUGUCAACAAAAAUCCGCUAUGCUGCAUCGUGUUCGAGGCUUUUAUUAAAAUCACGAAUUUACAGCAUAGAUACAGACUCGCGAUGUCCGGAGAACGGCUCCCCAGAUUGCUAUGGCCGUUCUGCUGUCUCAUCGUUUACCCCCUAUUUAUAAACAAUGCAAAAAGAGGAGUGACUCCCCUCUUCUGGCCAAUCACCAGUCUCCCCUGGGGCAUCACCCUCCCAACGCUACAUUUGAACUAAGAUCAUAAAACAACAUUCUUUGUUCCUCCAAAACAUUUAACAAAGGCAUAAUCUUCAGAUACGAUAAUACAAAUCGGAGUAAAUCUAUACUUCAAAUUAGUGGAUUCAGCUAUUUCAGCCACACCAGCAAUCGAGCACACAGCCAUGCAAUCUCCAUAGACAAACAUUGGCAGUAGAAUGGCCUUACUGAACAACUCAGUGACUUUCAACGUGGCACCGUCAUAGGAUGCUACUUUUCCAACAAAUCAGUUUGGCAAAUUUCUGCCCUGCUAGAGCUGCCCCUGUUAACUGUAAGUGCUGUUAUUGUGAAGUGGAAACGUCUAGGAGUAACAACGGCUCAGCCACAAAGUGGUAGGCCACACCAGCUCAUAGAACGGGACCGCCGAGAGCUGACGCUCGUCGUGCGUGUGUCCUCGGUUGCAACACUCACUACUGAGUUCCAAACUGCCUCUGGAAGCAACGUCAACACAAGAACUGUUCGCUGGGAGCUUCAUGAAAUGGGUUUCCAUGGCCGAGCAGCCGCACAAAAGCCUAAGAUCACCACGCGCAAUGCCAAGCGUCGCCUAGAGUGGUGUAAAUAUCGCCGCCAUUGGACUCUGGAGCAGUGGAAAUGCGUUCUCUGGAGCGAUGAAUCACGCUUCACCAUCUGGUGGAUGCCAGGAUAACGCUACCUGCCCGAAUGCAUAGUGCCAACUGUAAAGUUUGGUGGAGGAGGAAUAAUGGUCUAGGGCUGUUUUUCAUGUUUCAGGCUAGGCCGCUUAGGAAAUCUUAACGUUACAGCAUACAAUGACAUUCUAGUCGACUCUGUGCUUCUAACUUUGUGGCAACAGUUUGGGGAAGGCCCUUUCCUGUUUCAGCAUGACAAUGCCCCCGUGCACAAAGCGAGGUCCAUACAGAAAUGGUUUGUUGAGAUUGGUGUGGAAGAACUUGACUGGCCUGCACAGAGCCCUGACCUCAACCCCAUCGAACACCUUUGGGAUGAACUGGAACGCCGACUGCGAGCCAGGCCUAAUCGCCCACCAUCAGUGCUAAAUGGAAGUCCCCGCAGCAAUGUUCCAACAUCUAGCGGAAAGCCUUUCCAGAAGAGUGGAGGCUGUUAUAGCAGCAAAGGGGGGACCAACUCCAUAUUAAUGUCCAUGAUUUUGGAAUGAGAUGUUCGACGAGCAGGUGUCCACAUACUUUUGGUCAUGUUGUGUAGCUUGCGUCGAAGUAUACCACUCUGGUGACAGACAGUGAGACACACUGUGACACACACACUAACCACCAUUCCCUUGUAUCUCUCUCUCUCUAUUAGUCUAAUGGUUGGGAUGCCAGUGAGAUCUUUAACUAGGAGACGUACGGAGUCAACUCCACCUAUGGCUUCCUCUCCAUGUACACGUGAGUAUUCUCCCCUCAGUUCCUCAUUGUCUCAAUGGCUCCUCAAUGUAUUUUUAGAAGGUUUAGUAAUGCAUUAUUUGCCUUGACAAGCACUCCAUUUCCUACCAGAAUGCCUGUAUUUAUACUGUAUACCUUACUGAUAAGACCAUGUCAAUUUUCUCUCCUUCCCAUUUAUCCCUCUCUCUCUCUCUCUCCCCUCAGUGUUGCUAUGGAGAGGCCUGCCUCGGAUGAAUGAGACAGAGGGCAAUGUCCAGUACCACCACCUCGUCUCACUGAAGAACGAUUAA